GUGAUACUUACUUCUGCACAGAGACAGGAAUGCCUAUAUUUCAACUUUCAUUUCUAAGUUUGUAUCAAAUAAAUAGUAAACUUUUUCUGCCUUUAUUGCUAGAAUUUCUUAUAUUUUUUUUCAACAGCUGAGUUGUCACAGUGGGAGAUGGCUAUCAAACUGAUCUGGAGCCUGUUUCUGCUUUGUGUGGCUGGGAGUUUAAGAGCUGCCCAUGCAGGUCCAAUCAGGAACUCUCCACCACAGGAAGAAAUCAAUGUGCUCAUGUAUGGCGCCAUACAGCUGAUCGGAUCUCUUAGCCAUGUUUAUGAAACCACUAGUGCAAAAAUGGACAAAAUCCACCAGACUCUGAAGAACCAUGAGGAGACUCUCCAAAACCUGGAGAAGCAAGCCGAGCAGGCUGCAGAGGUGGAGAAAGAGAUAAAAGAAGUGAUACAGCUGCUACAGGAUGAGACAACCAAUCAACAGACUCAGACCUUGAAGGCUAAACAGCAACUGAACACCAUAGAGAAGAACGAGGCGGAACUAAAGACAAAAGUGAAGAAAGUGGAGAUGUAUAUGAACAACUCUGUACCUGCAAUCAAGGAGCUGCAGGGUGAAGCAGAGGAGCACUCCAGCAUCUUGCAAGGUUUACAGCUCUUGUCCGACUUCCAUAAAGAGCUUAUUGAGACUCAAAAUGAAAAGCUCUCCAAACUUGAGGAGAUGGUAAUUCACUUGUUUCAGAAAUUUAUGUUUUCUGAUGACAAUCAUUUUCUUUAAUUCACUUUUGUUUAAUAACAUUAGAUUUGCAUUCUUCUUCCAGAGUGAAGCUAUGGCAUAGUUGUUUUGAAAUGCACCACUGAUUUACCACUGUUCUGACUGAGGGUAGUCCAUCUAGAUCUCAAUCCCUUAACGUCACUGCACUCCCUUCUAACUUUGCUAUUCUGUAAAUCAACUGUAUUACUGUUAUUUUUUUUCUUUUUUGUUAAAAAAAUAUAUCAUUUGUCUUUUCAUGAUGCUUUCAUGUUAUUCUCUUGUAAUAUUUUUAUAUCUUUUAUAUCUUCACUUUGAUGACACCAUUUUUAAAAAGAUCCAUAAAAAAAAUGAUUAUUAAAGGGGACCUAUUAUGAAAAACACGUUCCGCCUGGAUGAGCCGUCCAGUGUCAUGUGACUUCUACGAGCCGUUCAGAUUCGGCGCAUUUUCGUUACGUAACCAAAAUGCAAACCACGCCCACAACUAUAAAACCGUGUAACUGUAUGGGAGCGUCCGACUAUCGCGUCGCACUGCGUGACAUCAGACGCUCUCUGUCCAUCUCCC